AUGGAGUGGGGCAAUUAUUCCAUGUAUGCUGACUUUGUCCUCCUCGGUUUGUUCAGCAGCACUCCUUUCCCCUGGCUUCUCUUUGCCCUCAUUCUCCUGGUCUUUAUAAUUUCCAUAGCCAGCAACACUAUUAUGCUCAUUCUCAUCUACGUGGAUUCUCGCCUCCAUAACCCCAUGUACUUUCUGCUCAGCCAGCUCUCCAUCAUGGACAUCCUGUACAUUUCCACCAUUGUGCCCAAGAUGCUGUUUGACCAGGUGAUGGGCCAAAGGGCCAUUUCAUUUGCAAACUGCACUGCUCAGCACUUCCUCUACUUGACCUUGGCAGGGGCUGAGUUCUUUCUCCUGGGACUUAUGUCUUAUGACCGCUAUGUAGCCAUCUGCAGCCCUCUACGCUACUCUGAACUUAUGAGUCGCAAGGUCUGCUUAUUGAUUGUGGUGGCAGCCUGGUUAGGAGGGUCAGUAGAUGGUUUCUUGCUCACCCCAGUCACCAUGCAAUUCCCUUUCUGUGCCUCUCGGGAAAUCAACCACUUUUUCUGUGAGGUUCCUGCCCUUCUGAAACUCUCCUGUGUGGACACAUCAGCCUAUGAGACAGCCAUGUAUGUCUGCUGCAUCUUAAUGCUCCUUAUUCCCUUCUCUGUCAUCUCAGCCUUAACAAAGAUUCUCAUAACUGUUUACAGGAUGAGUGAGGCAGAAGGAAGGCAAAAGGCUGUGGCCACCUGCUCUUCACACAUGUUAGUUGUCAGCCUCUUCUAUGGGGCUGCCAUGUACACAUAUGUGCUACCUCACUCUUACCACUCUCCUGAGCAGGACAAAGCUGUGUCUGCCUUCUACACUAUCCUCACUCCCAUGCUCAACCCACUCAUCUACAGCCUCAGGAACAAGGAUGUAAUGGGAGCCCUUCACAAGGCUCUUGGAAGGUGUCUGUCUCAGGAAAGGUAA